AUGCUCUCUCGAUUCGCGCCCCGCGCCUUUGCUGCGCCCGUCAGAUCCAAUGCCGCCAGAUUCACCCCGGCAUUGAGGACUGUCACCACCGACGCCGCCAGCAGCCACGUUGAGAAGAGCGAUGUCCCACAGGAAGAUGACAAGCCCUUCCAAGUCCGCCUCAACGAUGAGGCUUUCGAGACCUACGAGCUGGACCCCCCUCCUUACACCCUCGAGACCACCAAGAAGGAGCUGAAGCAGAUGUACUACGACAUGGUGGCAGUGCGCCGCAUGGAAAUGGCCGCUGACAGACUCUACAAGGAAAAGAAGAUUCGGGGUUUCUGCCAUCUGUCCACCGGUCAGGAAGCUGUCGCUGUCGGUAUCGAGCAUGCCAUCACCAAGCAGGAUCACCUCAUCACCGCCUACAGAUGUCACGGUUUCGCCAUGAUGCGUGGAGGAACUGUGCGCUCCAUCAUUGGUGAACUCUUGGGCCGAAGAGAGGGAAUCGCGUACGGCAAGGGUGGAUCUAUGCACAUGUUCUCGACGGGCUUCUACGGAGGUAACGGAAUCGUCGGUGCGCAAGUGCCAGUCGGUGCUGGUAUUGCAUUCGCCAACAAGUACGAGGAGAAGGACAAUGUCACACUUGCACUUUACGGUGAUGGUGCUAGCAACCAGGGUCAAGUCUUUGAGGCUUUCAACAUGGCUGCCCUCUGGAAGCUCCCCGUCAUCUUCGGUUGUGAGAACAACAAGUACGGUAUGGGUACUGCUGCCAACCGUGCCGCAGCCCUGACCGACUACUACAAGCGUGGCCAGUACAUCCCAGGUCUCAAGAUCAACGGUAUGGAUGUCCUCGCCGUCAAGGCUGCCGUCAAGUACGGCAAGGAGUACUGCAGCGCUGGAAACGGACCUCUCGUCUACGAAUACGUCACCUACCGAUACGGAGGCCACUCCAUGUCCGACCCAGGUACCACCUACAGAACCCGUGAGGAGAUUCAGCGUAUGCGUUCGACGAACGACCCCAUCGCCGGCCUGAAGCAGAAGCUGGUCGACUGGGGCGUCACGACCGAGGAGGAGCUGAAGGGCAUUGACAAGGAAGCUCGCAGCCAUGUUGAUGAGGAGGUUGCAGCUGCAGAGGCUAUGCCGCCGCCAGACCCAACUCCUGAGGUGUUGUACGAGGACAUCUACGUCCGUGGAUCGGAGCCACAAUUCCUUCGUGGCAGGAUACCAGAGGAGAACUUCUACUACCCUGAACGUCCAGUGCAGGUUCCCAAGUCCCCAGCCCAGACUUAA